UUUGGUGAGUGUAUUGGAGACGAAACUAAUAAAUUAAGGGUGUAGGACUUUUUUGUUUUUUUGUGUGGAUUAGUAAUCAAUUGUGGGAAUUUCCAGUUGCCAAUUGUGUGUGACAGCCAAUGAGUUGUUGCAGUUAAUGAGUAAAUGGUUGAAAAAUGACAAGGAAGAAGUAGUUGGAGAGGUACCUCGAGAUCUGUGCUAGAAUAGCAGAGAUUCCGUUUGCUUCACGAAGAAGCUCAAACAUUAUUCCUUCUUUCUUUUGAUAAGAGGAAAAAGAAAAGAAAAGAUUUUUCCUUCCUUCCUACUGCUUUAAUUUUUCUUAUCGGUACCACCAGCUGCAGCUGCAGAGUGCAGAGUAGGGAGGAAAAAAAGAAUAAUCUGAUUUUGCAAAGUAAACAAAAUGCCGUUGGAGUAGACCAGAAUUGUAAGGCACAAGACUUGCACCUUUUUAAGAGUAGGCAAUUAAUGUUCUCAUCUGGCCAAAAAUUGUGUAUGGUGGUGAUGCAAAUGGGAAGUUCAUAUCUUAUGGCAACUUGAAAAUAGAUUUAAAAUGAUGAAGCUACACCCAAUAGUACUACAUCUGCUGCUUCCUCUUUCUCUCUUGCUCUUCUUCCCAAAUGUUAUUGCUGACCUUACAUCAGAUAGACAAGCACUACUUGACUUUGCUUCUGCAGUAGCUCAUCUUCGAAACUUCAAGUGGAACACUAACUCUUCCAUUUGCACAUGGCAUGGCGUAAGUUGCAGCUCAGAUGGCACCCGUGUUGUUGCACUUCGCCUUCCUGGACUUGGACUUUAUGGUCCUAUUCCAGACAAUAUCAUAGGAAGACUAGAUGCUCUAACAACACUCAGCCUUCAUUCCAAUGCCCUCACUGGAAAUCUUCCUUCAGACAUCACCUCUCUUCCCUCCCUCCGUUUCAUAUUUAUACAACAAAACAAAUUUUCUGGUGAAAUACCUUCUUCUCUAUCUCUACUCCUUAAAUUCAUUGAUCUCUCUUUCAACUCCUUCUCAGGGGAAGUUCCAACAACAAUUCAAAAUCUGACACAUCUUACUGGUUUGAACUUACAAAACAACUCCCUCACAGGAUCCAUUCCUAAUGUAAACCUACCAAAGCUUACUCAAUUAAACAUGAGUAAUAACCAACUGAACGGUUCAAUUCCUCCAUCCCUUGCAAAUUUUUCUGCUUCUUCAUUUCAAGGAAAUUCACUAUUAUGUGGACAACCCUUGACUCAAUGCCCGCCUUCACCAUCUCCUUCUCCGAGCGUCCUGCCAGCCUCACCAACAAUUCCUGAAAACCAUAAAGGCAAGAAAAGCUUGAGUACACGGGUUAUCACUGGCAUUGUUGCAGGAGGUGUUGGAGGGAUCCUCUGUCUAGCUCUGUUGAUUUUAUUGUGUUGUAUGAAGCGAUACUAUACUAAGAGAGGUGUACAACAAAGAAAAGACUUUAAUGGAGGAGGAAGUCCGAAGCAAACAGAGGACUUCAGUAGUGGAGUACAAGCAGCUGAAAAGAACAAAUUGGUUUUCUUUGAGGGUUGUUCUUUCAAUUUUGACCUUGAAGAUUUGUUGAGAGCCUCAGCUGAGGUUUUGGGUAAAGGGAGCUAUGGAACAACCUACAAGGCCAUCUUGGAGGAGGGAACGACUGUUGUUGUGAAACGGCUCAAGGAAGUUGUUGUUGGGAAAAGAGAAUUUGACCAACAGAUGGAGGUAAUUGGCACUGUUGAUCAGCAUCGAAAUGUUGUUGCUCUUCGUGCUUAUUACUUUUCCAAAGAUGAAAAACUUCUUGUCUAUGAUCAUGUACCGGAAGGCAGUUUAUCCACUCGAAUGCAUGGCAACAGGGACGUGGGAAGAACACUGGAUUGGGAAUCUAGAUUGAGGAUUGCCCAUGGAGCUGCAAGUGGUAUCGCCCAUAUCCAUGCUGUUUCUGGUGGGAAAUUAAUUCAUGGCAAUAUCAAGUCAUCGAAUGUGCUUCUCACCCACGAUAAUAGUGGAUGCAUCUCAGAUGUUGGUCUUACACCUCUAAUGGGCUUUCCUACUAUCCCAUCAAGGAGUGCAGGAUAUAGAGCACCCGAGGUGAUAGAGACCAAGAAAUGUACUCAGAAAUCCGAUGUUUACAGCUUUGGUGUUCUGCUUCUUGAACUCCUUACUGGGAAAGCACCAGUGCAGCCACCUGGCCUUGAUGAGGUGGUAGACUUACCAAGAUGGGUGCAGUCUGUUGUGAGGGAGGAAUGGACUGCUGAGGUGUUUGAUACUGAGCUCAUCAAGUUUCAAAAUAUCGAAGAUGAGAUGGUGCAGAUGCUGCAGAUUGCAAUGGCUUGUGUGGCAAACGUGCCUGAAACAAGGCCUGACAUGAGUCAAGUUGUCCAGAUGAUCGAAGAUAUCCAACAAAUUGAUUCUGGAAACAGGCCAUCAUCUGAAGAUAACAAGUCUAGGUGCCCAACUAGUCCAACACCAUGAUAACUCAUGCAUUUCUCACUACAUGUGUAUUUCAACUUCUUUUUUUAAAAGAAAGUAUAAUUGAGACCUUUUAGAUACUAUCCUUCAUCUAUAUUUGACUUAUUCCGUAAAAUCAAUUAAUAAUUCAAUCCAAUUA